UCCUCAGAUUAGCAUUUUCCACUGGUUUCUAUUUCUAUUUACACUUUGAGCUUUAUCCAUGUCAUUUUAUGUCUAUUUCUGUUGGGUGCGAGAAGCUGGGGGAGUUGGGGGAAUUUCAUGAUUCUAUUUUUAAUUGUUUUCAACCCACUGCAUGAAAAGUACUUCAUAAAUAAAGUAAGAAUUGAAUUGAAUAUUUUUUAUGAUGACAUUAAAGCCAAACUUCUAAAAAGACUAAUAUGAAGGGAAUUUGUUGUAAACUUAAAAAAUAUAUUUUUAAUUUUCAUAAGUGGUUUUCUUGAUUCCGUGUACUAAAAUUCCAGAAUCUAGCAGUGAUUCUAGAAUUUCAUGGAAACACGUUUACAAAGGAACAUUUUACAACCCAUUUUCAUCGCCUGUUUGAGCAUCACAGCUCAUUUUUUAUAUUCUUUGCUUUUUUAAUGUGCAAAGCUGAGCCCUCGGCACACAUACCACACCUGAAAUAUGAACGUUCCACACAGCUGCUUUGUCCUUUUUGCUCGUGUACAGAGGGCUUCAUGCUGGAUGCACCCUUCCCCUUUGAUAAAUGAGAUACGCCUCAAAACUAAACACAAUUUUCUCCGCAUAAUGUUUGCACCUGGAAAACACUCAGUUUGCCGCACAAUAUCUGCAUAAAAACUGGACUCUGGCGUCUUUGGUUUAAACAGCGAGUAUAAGAGCAGAGCUUGUGCCUUUUCCUGUUCCUUCCAUUUUCCAUCUUCAGGACAUUUCUGCAGCCAUGGCGUUCCAGUCCAAUGUGGUGAACACACAGCCAGCCACCACUUCCCGGUAUACCGUCUCCUCUCAGUUGACAGACUGGAGUACAGGCCCCUGCGACUGCUGUGACGACUGUGGCAUUUGUCUGUGUGGAGCCUUCGUUCCCUGUAUCCUGGCCUGUCGAGUGGCUCAGGACAGCGGGGAAAGCUGCUGCUUGCCUUGCCUUCCAGGAGCCAUGAUUGCCUUGAGGACAAGCAUGCGCAACAAAUACAAUAUUAGCGGCUCGGUGUGUGAUGACUGGCUGAUCAUGGCCUGCCUGGCUCCAUGUGGACUCUGUCAGAUGGCACGGGAGCAGAAUAUGAGAGGAUAAACAAAUACGUUUUUGGCAUCUUUAUUCUAAACUGCAAAGCAAGAAACAACCUUUAAGGGUCUUCAUUUUUUUCCACUCAUUGGAAUAACUCUAAUUGUCUUUAAAUGGAUUUUAAACAUUUUCUUUCUGAGCGCUGGAUGCAAUUUCAGUUUUGCAACCUGCUGCAACUGUUAUACAGUCCAGAAAACCUCUAGAUAAAUCUGUUUGUUUGUGUUCUAAAUGUAAAUUAAAUAAACUCAUAAGUUACAAAC